AUGAUCCGGUAUAGGCGCUACAGGGCCUUCAUUGCCUUUACCGUCAUUGCCAUCUUGGCCACGUAUUACUUUGUGGGACAUGGCAGUAUAAAAUUACCCUCGGCAAUCGGCGCAGGCUCGUUGAAGGCGAUUGGCAAUGAUGCUGCAUCUGCUGCCAAAGAGAAGGCUCAAGCUGGUCUUGACCUGAUCAAACCUGACGAACCUACCAAAGACGAUAUACUUGGUGUCCUACCGCCGCUUCCAACCACAAAAGUCUCUCCUGCUACAACUUCGAUCACUGCUGAAGCGCCAAAACCGACGACCGAAAAGGCAGCCACUUCUUCUUCCUUGUCCUCAUCCGCCGUCGCCGUUGCAACACAGUCGCUCAGUGGAACUACACUUCAAGAUGCUGCUGCCAUCUUGCCUGUACAUGAGCUGGACGACAUGACCGAAGUCGGUGAAGGCAGACUUGAGAUUCCACCAGUCUACCCAGGCAUGGUCAGCGUACCCGCGAUACACUGGUCCAAGCAGCCCGAACACUUCCCUGUUUCGACAACCAUCCAACUACCCACUGGAACCCCUAAAGCUAUUCCUCGCAUCCAACACAAGUUCAAGAAAGAGUCGUCUGCCGACAAGGCUGACAGAGAAAAGAAGCUAGAGUACAUUGAGGGUGCGGUCAAGCAUGCUUGGAGCGGAUACAGAUCAAAGGCUUGGUUGAGAGACGAAGUGCGUCCUGUUUCUGGUGGCGCUCGAGACCCUUUCUGUGGCUGGGCUGCUACCCUGGUCGAUGCAUUGGACACACUCUGGAUCGUUGGUCUCAAGGACGAAUUCGAGGAUGCUGUCAAGGCUGUCAGCGAGAUUGAUUUCACCACUUCUGAAAGAAAGAGCAUUCCUCUAUUCGAGACCACCAUCCGCUACCUUGGUGGUAUGCUCUCGGCUUAUGACUUGAGCGGUGGUCAACACAAGGUCCUGCUGGACAAGGCCGUCGAGCUUGCUGAAGUCCUGAUGGGCGCUUUCGACACGCCCAACAGGAUGCCCCAAACCUUCUACAUGUGGAUGCCUACUNUUGCUUCUCAGCCCCAUCGCGCUGGUACACACGUCGUCUUGGCCGAAAUUGGUUCCCUCUCUGUCGAAUUUACUCGUCUUGCCCAGCUGACCAAAGAGCCCAAGUAUUAUGAUGCUAUCGAUCGCAUUACAGACGCCUUCCUGGAAUGGCAGAAUGCUUCCGGUUCCAACGCGACGCUGAUCCCUGGCUUGUUCCCCGUCGAUGUCGAUGCUUCUGGUUGCGAGAAGCCUGCUCAGAUCAAGUCCCACUAUUCCCAUCCUGCUGGAAAGGAUGGCGAAGUGGCAGUGGGUGAUGGCGAGCCCGUUGUUCCUCAGCGUCCAGUGACUCAAGGUCAAGGUGCACCGACUGGUUCUUCAACAGGGGACGACGGAUCCUCUAAACCCGUCAAUCUUGGUGGAUCGCGAAUGGGCGCAUCUUCUGCCGGUGGUGUAGGCAAGAUCAUUGGCUGGGAUAAUCCUUUGACCGAAGGUGAUCUUGACAAUCCUCAGGCAAAGGCCGCUGUUCUCGACUCAGACAGUGCAGAACUCAACAAACGCCAGCUAGGCGAUCUCGAAAACCAGAGAGAAAAGGCUGCAGAGGAUGUCUUCCAGAAAGAAACUCAAGCCAAGAUGCACACCCUCCAACAGGAAGUGUGCCUUCCACGCGGUCUGGCUUCGAGCAACUCUGGCAGUCGUGAUAAAUUCACCAUUGGCGGCAUGGCUGACUCUCUGUACGAGUACUUCCCUAAGCAGUAUCUUCUACUCGGUGGUUUGGAGAAGAAGUACCAAACUCUGUAUGAGCAGUCCAUUGAUGCUGUCACCAAGCACCUUUUGUUCCGACCCAUGACUCCUCAGGACGCAGACAUCCUAUUUGUAGGCGAGUACAAUGCCCACGCUCCUAGCAAAGAAGGCGCCGUAGAAGGCACAUUCAAGCCCGAGGGCGCUCACCUUUCUUGUUUCGCCGGCGGCAUGUACGCCAUGGGUGCCAAGAUAUUCGGCCGCGAGGAAGACCUCGAAUUAGGCGCAAAAUUGACUGAAGGUUGCGUUUGGGCAUACAACGCCACAGCCACUGGCAUCAUGCCAGAACACUUUNUGGUCUCGCAGUGCGAAAGCAUGACAGUCUGCAAAUGGAACGAGACAAAAUACUGGGAAGAGCUGGACCCCUACGCCGAAUCCCGUACCGCGGCUAUCACCGCCAACCCUGUAGGAGGAUCCCGCAAUGCACCACAAGUCGAUAAGAGAGAUCUAGAAGGACCUGCUGCGACAGUCGCACACGCACCUGCCCCUGCAGUCCCCAAUAGCGUCCCCGAACUCGACAUUGCCACGCCCGCCGAACAGGUAUUCCACGACUACGUCCCUCCUACACCGCCCACGCACGAGGAAUUCGUCCUCGCACGUAUCUCUGAAGAACGCCUUCCCACAGGGAUGACACGCCUGCUCAGCAGCAAAUACAUCCUGCGCCCCGAAGCCAUCGAAAGCGUUUUCUACCUCUACCGCAUCACCGGCGAUCCACACUGGCGAGAAGUAGGUUGGAACAUGUUUUUGGCAGUGCAAAAGUAUACCUAUGCUACUUACGGCGCUUCUGCCAUCGAUGAUGUUACAAAAACUCUUCCUACACAAGAGGACAGUGAAGAGAGUUUCUGGCUGGCGGAGACGUUGAAGUAUUUCUAUUUGCUGUUUGAAGAUGAGGGUGUUAUUAGUCUUGAUGAGUGGGUGUUGAAUACUGAGGCUCAUCCGUUUAGGAGGCCGGAUGCUGGUGGGUUAUCUAGUUCUGGUUCUGCUGUUGAAGAUACAGAGGAGUGA